UCCGCAUUCAACAUCAUCACUCCAACCCGAUAAACCGGCCCCAAUGACCCAGCAUUCCGUGGAGUGACUUGACCGUGACCGUUGACCUCCGCGCAUCUCAAUCCAGCAAUUACCACUCUCCACAUCUAGCUUAACGGAAGAGCUAAUCGCAGAAUGUCCGCGACUGCUCCUCCCGACGCGGGUGCUCCGCCCCAGGACGGAGAUCAGACCGAAGCUCGGAUUGAAGCUGUGGAAGGGGAUCAGGAAGCACAGCAACAAGGAACGGAAAAGGCAGAAGAGAUACUCUCAGAAGGAGAAGAGGAAGGAAACCUAAAAGAGAAAGAAGAACAAGAACAAGAACAAGAACAAGAACAAGAAGAAGAAAGUGAAGACGAGCAAGAAGAUUCCGCCCCCCCAUUACCAGAUGAAAUUCCCCCACCGCUUCCCAACGAACCCACACCCGGUGCACCAGCAGCUGCAGGAGGAGGAGAAAGAAGUGGGGAAGACGAUGGUUGGGAACCCGUCUGGGACGGUACCGCACAAGCCUAUUACUUCUACAAUCGGUAUACGGGGACCUCUCAGUGGGAGAAUCCCCGGGUACCGGACGCCAGCGCCACCACUACGACAGCGGAGGACAAGAACGCUGUCGUCGAGGAACCCGACGCCGCCGAUGUUCCCCCGCCGGCCGCCACCGUGGGAGGCUAUAACCCUGCUAUUCACGGCGAUUACGAUCCCACGGCGCCAUAUGCGCAGCAGUACGAGCAGCAACAACAGAUACCCGAAGCCGGGGCCGUGCCAGGGGUCGGGCCAGGGGCUGCGGGUAUGGCGGGGGGGUAUGAUGCGGUGGGUGCGUUCAAUCGGUUUACGGGCCGGUGGCAAGCGGCGUCGCAGAAUGCGGAAUAUCACAAUGAUGAGAACAAGUCGCGGCGGCAGAUGUAUGCGUUCUUUGAUGUGGAUGCGGCGGCAAAUAGUCAUGAUGGACGGAGUUUGCGGGCGGAGCGGAGUGCCAAGAAACUGAGUAAGAAGGAGCUGAAGAUGUUUAAAGAGAAGCGGAGAGAGAAGAAGGAAGAGAAGAGACGGGCAUGGCUGAGGGAUUGAUUGUUUCCGCAUGGAUGGAUGGGCGCAUUUUGUUUUGUUGUUGCCGCUUGAGAUACCUAUUCAGUUUUCUGUAUGCUUAGUGCUACUGAGAUGGCGUUGUAUGUAGGUGCAGAUAGAGCUGUAUGAUAUGAUAUUCCUACUCGUACAUA